CGUAAUGCCCCCUCUUACUAUGUCUGAUUUGUUCGAAAGUUGUUUUUAGACGUUCGAAAUUUCACAAGGGAAUUCGAAAUUAUUUUAAACGACCAAACUGGAUUCACCUAUUACUAAAUAAUGGAAAGUUUUCGAAUGAAUACUACUAACAAGCAAAGUCUUAACAUUAUUCAACAUCCUGUAAAGCAUAUGAUGCCUCCAAUGCAGCAACAGUUUUCAAAACAAGCUAUUGAUUUGAAGAAAGAUUCUGAAAAGUUGCAAAAUGAUCAAGAACGUCUUUCUAACUUGCACUCCAAACUUCAUAAAGAAGCUGAAAAAAUACGGAACUGGAAAAAUGAAAAAGAUAUGGAGUUGAAGCAAAAGGAUCGUUCUUUAUCUGAUGCUUUACAAACUAUUGAUUCAUUACGAAAGUCUAUAUAUGAGUUGCAAGUUCAAAAUGAAUCAUUUAGCACAAAGUUACAUCAAACUGAGUUGGAAAAAGUUGAAACUGAACAAAACAUAAAAACAGUAAGAGAAAUGGCAAAUAUACUUCGUGAACAACUAAUUAGCUUAGAAAAUCGAAUUAUAAAAGGAGAACAAGACAAAGAGACUAUAAAUCAAGUAACCCAGAGUUUUCUAGAAGAAAAUCAAAUUUUACUUUUAAAGUUUCAAGACUUAGAUAUAAGUAAGAAUGCGAUGGUUGAAAAAUAUUCAAAACAAGUUCAAAAUAUGGAAGCUAAUUACACUGAAAAGGUUAAAAGUCUAGAGUCAGGUAUUCAUCAUCUUGAAAAUCAAGUAGUUAGUUUAAUUGAGUUGAAAACCAACCAUGAAAAAAGUAUAAAAGAUUAUGGCACUAAGUUAAUAGCAAACGAAGAACUAAUUGAAAGUUUAAAUAAUCAGUUAAACAUUUCUGUUAAUAAAUUACAUCAAGCUGAACAAAUAUUAAACACUCACCAGAAGUCUCUUGCAGAGACUUCUGCAUCAUUUUUUGAAGUUUCUCAAAAGCUAAACAAUUGUAAUGAAAAGUUGUUAGAGGCUGAAAAUUUAUAUAAGCUUGCUCAAAGUGAAAAUGAUGCCAAAGAUAUUCAUGCUAAAGAAGUGGAGAAUAUUUACACUAAUGAGAUUGUAUCUUUACAAAAUGAUAUAAAAAAUCUUUCUUUGACUCUUAAUCAAACCAAAAUUGAAUUUGAAAAAGUAAAUGAACAAAUAAAAAGUAAGGAAGAGGAAAUCAAAGAUCUAUCAAAAAAAUUAAAAUCAAUGACCAUUUUAUUAAAUGAAACAGAAGAGAAACUUGAUAAAGCAAAUCAAUUAAUAAGUGAAAUGGAAUUGAGUAAAAAAAAUAACUUGCAGGCAAUUGUGAAUUGUGAAAAUGAACUUUUUAAUGUUAAAGAAAAUUUUAAAUCUGUUAUUGAUGACAAUGCAACUUUAAAUUUAAAAAUUUUAGAGUUAAAUGAAUUCUUACUAAAACAUGAAGUAGAAAAAAAAGAAUAUCAAUCGCAAAUUCAAAAUAUGGAAGUUGAUUUAGAAAGACUAAAUGAAUAUGAUAGAGAUAGAAAAAGAAUGCAAGUUGAAUAUGAAAAUCAAAUAGAAUACACAAAAUUGCACAUUGGCUCACUUGAUACAACUAUUGCUGAAUUAAAGUUAAAAAACAAUGAAUUUGAAAAUGAAACUAUUAAAUUAAGCAAAGAAAAUUGUAUUUUAUUAUCCAAAGUUGAGCAACUGCAAUAUUCAAUUGAAGAAAAAGUUUUUACACUGAGCGAACAACAAAAACAACAUAAUGCUUUAAUAACAGAAAUUUUUGAAUUAAAAAAAACUAAUAAAGAGCAGGAAACUAUAUUAAAUGAAUUAAAAGAUAAAGAAAUUGAAAAUGAACUAAACUUAAAAAAUGAACUUGCCGAUCGUGAAAAGAAAAGUGAAGAUCUUGGCAUUAAAACUAAAUCUUUACAAAGUCAAAUCAAUAAUAAAGCAAAACAGUUAAAGUCUAUUGAAAAGGAGUGUAAAUCUUUAAAAAUUCAGUUGAAAUCCAAAAUUGAAAAAAUAGAAAAACACGAAGAACAGUUAAAAGUUUCUGCUGAUGAAAUAACAUCAAGUAAUGCCAAGCUUUUAGAUUGCACUAAAAAACUUGAGACUGCUGAGAAGGAGUUAGGUUUAAUGAUUUCGCGAUGUGACAAUGAGCAAAGAGAGUUUUGUUUGACUCUUGAACAUUAUAAAAUAGAAAAUGAUAAAAUUGUAGAAAGUUAUGAAAAAGAUAAUAGUGCUAUGAAGCAACAAAUUGAAGAAUUACAAAAGUCUUUUUCUGAUAAAGUUGAUAGUUUGAGAAACCAGUUAAAGGAAGCCAUCCAAUUAAAUGAAUAUCAAAAGAUUAAAAUACUUCAGUUGGAAGAAAAUCUCUCUAAAAUGUCUUCACUUGAAUUUCGUAAUCAAGAGUUAGAGAAAUUGAUUAAAGAGCUUUCUCACCAAGUUGAUUUAGAACGCUCUAAUUCUCAUCAAAUUCAAGCUGAAUAUGAACAAAAGUUAAAGUCACAGGCUGUUGAUUCACAUGUUAAAGAUCAUAAGUUUAGAGUAGAAGAAAUCGUUGAUGUUAACCAGUUGUAUAAAUUUUCUCCUGCAAAAGAAAAUUUUUCAACAAAAGACCGUCUUGUACCAACAACACCACAUAUUAGAAUGGGUACAUCAGCACCUAUUACUCCUCAAAGCAUUUUAAGAAGUAGUCAAUCAAAGAGAGGAAAAAGAGUUUUAUUUACAGGUAUGCAUGAUAAAGAAAACAGUAUACUUAUGGAUACAAAUGAAUUUGAUGAAAGACCUCCAAAGACCCCUGCAUUUAAUGAAGUUCUUAUGGAAAAUAAAAGCAAUAGUACAAAACAUAAUACACGAUAUUCGCCGAAUCCUUGUUUAGUGCAGCAACUCCGAUGCGAAAAUAGGACUGAUGCAAACGUUUUAAAAAAAAAUUCAGAUUACAAGAAGUUAGGAGAAACAAAAUCACCUAAUGUCGAUACUCUAAUUGAAGCUCAUUUCAAUGUUGUUAAUAAAACAAAACAGUUGUUUAACUCUCAAGCCAGGUUGCAAUCUGAUAUAAAUAAGUCUUCUUUCAAAAACAAAGCAAAAAGGGUCGCAGCAAAAAUGAAAAAUUCCAGUGCCGAACAAAAUUUAUCUUGGUUUGAUGCUGACAGUGUCUUUGGAUUUGAUAGUUGAACGUCUGCAAUAAUUUAGCUUGUUAAACAUACUGUAAGCCAAAAUCCAAUGUUAAACCUAAAACUAAGAUUAUACUUGAAAAAGUACAUGUUACAAGAGAUCUGUAGAUGAAAAUUAUGUUACUUGUAAUGAGUUUUUUAAAAAUUGUGUUAUAGAA